CUCGCACGCCGUUGAGGCAGGACGUGCUCCGUUCUUCCGGCUUGCUGUCGUGUGUCAAGGUGCACGCGUCAUACGUAACGCUACCCACGCACGGGAACUCGUGCUCGCGGCAGGUUGUAACAUCAAAGACGCUCAUUGGGGUCUUAUUCGCGGAUCGCAAGUUGUCAUCGCAUUGUGACGACUUUCAUGUGGCGAGAAUCUUUUCGGUAGUAUUCAAAGGUACCGGCAAGGUAUUCUUGCGACGAACGCUGCAUGGAACAACGACAACGCUAGCGAGGAUAACCGUCUUUGUAAAAGCGGCGCAACUUCGGGAACCAAGGAGAAGAUCUCGCGGGGAGUUCCCGAAGCCCGCUUGCUCCGGAAUAAUCCCUCGAGGAGGGAUACGCAAGAUGAUGCUGAUGCAGGAGCCAGGCUGGAAGCUGGAGCGCAAGGGCUCGGGGGCGCAAGUUCUGCGCAAGGACGGCUCUCACUUCAAGAGCAGCACCGCGCGUGUCUGCUUCCGAUGCGACGUCGAGGUGCGCGAGUUCGAGCGUGACGAGGAUUACGGGACGGUGGAGAACGCGGAAACGGAAACGGCCGCGAGUCCGCUGGCGAUGCUGUCCAGCUGCGUGGCGGCGCUUUGCGUCACCAUUCUCCUGCCGUGGCUCCUGAUCGGGGGCUAAACACGACGUUCCUGUUGUCGAUAGCCGCGGCGGAACGUCGCUCCAGUUUAAUGAAAGGGAUUUCUUUUACCAGAUGGAAGACUCAGAGAAUUCUCUUCAUGGAAUUUUAUUGAAAAAUUCACGAGGAAUUUUUUAAAAGGAAGUGCUCUUCUUGCUCUGACAUUUUGCUCUUUUUAUAAACAAUCGACAAGCCAAAUGAAUUAAAAGACCUAUCUUCGAUUAUAUGCUCAAUGUUUUAACGAUUCGCCAGUACUGGCAGUGAAUAUCGGAACAGGCCUAAAAUAUUGAAUAUACACACUUUCUUGAAACUUAAGAGGCUUUGUUUUUUCUCUGUAUGAGUAAAAAAUAUUGAAAAAUGCAUACAGUAAAAAAUUUACCUUAAACACUUGCAUGAAAAAAUCUUUGGAAAUAUUCUCUCUAUUUGAAAUUUUGAAACAUACCUGGAGGACCAGAGGACUUUUUACAAGAUGCGUAGACACCCUGAGGUUGACUUUCAAUUACUGCGAGUAUUGAUGUAUGUCCGCCAAUUGUCACACACAGGUGGUCUCAAUAAUCACGUUCAAGAUGUGAGAUCUAGCGGUUGACGAUGAUCGUAACGCGAAUCCUUGGAUCGUAUGGCAACGAAAUUCCAAUCAAGAGCAAGAAAACUCCCGUUCGAAUAUCGACGAUCGGAUGAUGUCAUCCGAUAAAUAACAUCUCAAAUUGCGUAGAUGCGAUUGCUAUUAUUAUUGUUCGACUGGAAUGGAGAAAUGAACAAGUUUUAUCGCUAUAAUAUCGUAUAGGAUUGUGAUAACACGUAUUUGUAUUUGUGGUAUCCGGUCGAUACGGCGAUCCAGAAGUUUGUGUACUCUCUCGUCGAUUUUAUAGCGUUCUUUGGAAACUCUCUGGAAUUUAUGUCCGAGCAAUGUUUGCAAAAUUCGAACGCGUCGAAGAGAUUCCUGAUUUAAUAUGUGAUCAAUGUAGUUAUAUAUAUUUAUAUAUAAUAUAGUGGUCGGAUAGAAGCAUAUUGCAAUAACAAGAAUAAUGUGCGAUUGAUUUUUCUGUACUUGCGUAAUAAGAGAAAGAGAAAAGUGUAAGAUAUACAUAUGUCGAUUUUGUAAUCGUGAUGAAAAAUUCAACGUGUGAUUGUAUUUUGUGCUAAAUGUUGCAUAAACGAACUUUUAUAAAUAUUUUGUACAUAUAUAUGUUGUAGAAGGGGAAGAAAGAGGUGAUAAGAUGAUGAAUAAAAGUCACUUCAAAUCCAGAA